AUGGUGCUGAUCGCGGCGGCCGUGUUCUCGAAGAGCGGCAAGUACCUGGUCUCCCGCCAGUUCGUCACCGACAUGACGCGUGCCCGGCUCGAAGGUCUCCUCGAUGCCUUCCCGAAGCUCAUUCAAAGCGAGAAGGACUCUGCGGUGCGCCAACAUACGUUCGUGGAGACCGACAGCGUGCGCUACGUCUUCCACCCGAUGGACAGCAUUUACAUGGUGUUGAUCACCACCAAGGCGUCGAAUAUUCUUGAAGACCUGGAGACGCUGCGACUUUUCUCACGAGUGAUUCCCGAGUACUGCCGGGCCAACGACGAGAAGGAGAUUCUCAACCACAACUUUGACCUCAUCUUUGCCUUUGAUGAGAUUGUGACGCUGGGAUACAGGGAGAACGUGAACCUGGCCCAAAUUCGCACAUUCACCGAAAUGGACUCGCACGAAGAGCGCGUGUUCCUCCAGAUCAAGCAGGCCCAGGAGAAGGCGGCGAUGGAGGCGGCCAAGGAGCGUGCCAAGGAGCUGAAGCGCCAACAGAAGGAAGCGCUCAGCCGUGGACUCGGCGCUCGCGCUGGUGCUGCGCCCACUGGCUUCGGUGGCUCGGGCAUCUCGUCAUCCUCAAUGCCACAGCAGACCUACGAGAAGCCGAUUGCCAAGCCCACGCCUGCCCCGAGCCGCGCGGGAGGCGGAAAUGCUAUGCGUCUCGGCGCCAAGACGAGGAACGAAGAGCAAUUCCUCGAAGAGUUGCAGUCGCAAGGACAGGCUGUCGCCCCGGUGCAGCAGCAGCGUGGUGCACAGGCAUGUCACGCUUCGGCCGCCCAACCGGCCGUCUCCAAUGUGAAGCGCGAGCCAGUGCACGUGAAGUGCGACGAGAAGAUUGUCGCCGUCGUCGGCCGGGACGGGGGUCUACAACAGGCGGAGAUUACGGGUGUCGUGGCGCUGUCCGUCUCAGCCGCCGACUUCAACACGGUCUCUGUGCAAAUGCGCAACGAAGCCCCGGCCGGAGCGCAACUGCAGGUCCAUCCCCAUCUCGACAAGAAGGAAUGGCAGACCAACGCCAUGAUUAAAUUGAAGAAUGCGCAAAAGCCCUUCCCCGUCAACAACGAGGUCGGAGUGCUGAAAUGGCGGCUGCCGCUUCAGGAGGAAGACCAGUUGCCGCUUGCAUUGAACUGCUGGCCCCAGGAGUCUUCUGAUGGUUGCACGGUCAACAUCGAAUACACGCUGCAGCGAGAGGAUCUCCAGUUGAACAACGUCAUCAUCACGGUCCCGUUGCCCGCCUCCACCGCGCCAGUCGUCUCGGAGUGCGAGGGCUCGUAUGAAUACCAGAAGUCACGCUCGCAGCUCGUCUGGACGUUGCCGAUCAUCGAGGAGAGCAACUCGACCGGGACCCUCGAGUUCACGGUGCCGAACGGGCAUUCCGAUUCGUUCUUCCCGGUGCACGUGUCGUUCGCCUCGCCAAGUCUCUACUGCAAAUUGCUGGUUGAAUCUGCACAAACCUUCGACGGCUCGACCCCGGUCACCUACUCGACGGAGACGAAUUUCGGAACCGAAAAAUACGAAGUCGUC